CAAGUUUAUGAAACAUGUUGACCUUGUUACCCAAUAAGUCCACUUUUUCGCAAAUAUAAGCUGGGAUGGACGAACACAGUGGAUGGCACUAAACAACUACAAGCUAAAACCCCAAAAUGCUGCACUUUGUUUUCUUUCUUAUGUGCUUUUUGCACACAGGGCUUCAUGUUUUGGGAAAUGUGACCCCAAAACCCAUUAUUGUAAACGGCACGUAUAUAAACCCAGAGUUAGGCAAGUAUCACGCCAGGUUAAGGACCCUCGGCCGGAGCUGCCUGGAUAUUAAAGAGAAAUAUGGUGCUUCCCGGGAUGGCAUAUACUUCCUGACAACAGAGAGUGGUUCAGUGUACCAGACGUUCUGUGAUAUGACCACAGCCGGAGGAGGCUGGACGCUUGUAGCCAGUGUGCAUGAGAACAACAUCCACGGAGCAUGCACAUAUGGUGACCGCUGGUCGAGUCAGCAGGGCAAUGACCGACACAAGCCGGAGGGAGAGGGAACAUGGGCAAACACAGUAACGUUUGGAACAGCAGAGGGUUCGACUGGUGACGAUUAUAAGAAUCCUGGGUACUAUGACAUUGACGCACAGGACGUGGCAGUGUGGCACGUUCCGAAUGAUAAAGUGUUGAAAGACUGGACGACUGCUGCGAUUCUUCGCUAUCACACAGAAAGCCACUUUCUUAGUGAGCAUGGUGGAAACCUCUACCAUUUAUUCCAGAAAUACCCUGUGAAGUAUGAAGCAGGUGACUGUAAGACUGAUAUGGGACCCAGCAGUCCGGUAGUCUAUGAUACUGGAGACAAGGAAUCAAAUAAAGCCAUGUAUGGAUCAUCUUUAAGAGGAGAGUUUGAAUCUGGUUUCGUCACCUUCAGAGUAUUUAACGCUGAUAAAUCAGCAAUGGCCAUGUGCUCUGGAGUUAAACCCACUGGAUGCGAUUCACAACAUUAUUGUAUCGGUGGUGGGGGAUUCUUUCUGGAGCCUCUUCAUUGUGGAGACUUCACGGCCCUUCAGUGGACCUCCGACGAGACAAAAAGUGCAUCUAAAGAAACGAUUGAAUCAGCCGCGCUACUUUUCUAUCGCUAAAAGCGUCACUAAACAGAGUCUACAUCCAACAUUUGACUUCGAACUGCAGUUAAAGGAUGUGUAACACUGCAAAAUAAGUUUUAACUGUCAAAUAAAUGUUUGAAAGUUAGAAAUGUCCUUGUAAUAAUCCAUGUAUCAAAGGGUUAAAGAGAAAUGUUGAAUAAAGUCUGCCCACAAAUAUUAUUUUAA